AUGGAGAAACUUUUGCAUUGGUCUAUUGCGAAUGCGCAAGGUGAUAGCGAAGCUGUUGCUAGAGCAGGCCAACCGGACCCUAAGCUAUUAGAGCAGCUAUUUGGUGGUGGUCCAGAUGAACCUACAUUGAUGAAGCAUGCUAUGGCAGUGAUUUCGAACCCAGAAGCUACGUUGGAGAACAAGCUAACUGCAUUUGAUAAUUUCGAAAUGUUGAUUGAGAACUUGGAUAAUGCGAACAAUAUCGAGAACCUCAAGUUGUGGGAGCCUUUGAUUGCGGUGCUUGAUAGCCCGGAGUCGGAGCUUCGUGCUUUUGCGCUUUCUGUGACCGGUACUGCGGUGCAGAACAACGAGAAAUCGCAGAAUAAUUUUGCGAAGUACGAUGGAUCGUUGGCUAAAGUAAUGCAAAUAGCGGGCAACGCACAAGAGGAUGCACAAGUCAGAAUAAAGGCGUUUUACACUUUGUCAAGCUUAAUAAGACACAACAAGGAAAUCUACAAACAGUUUUACGAGCUAGACGGGCUAAAAUUGAUCGCACCAGUCUUGAACGACGCAAAUGCGAAUGAAAAGCUCAAGCUUAGAGUAAUGGCUCUUUUGUCAACUAUAAUGACAGUUGCAGAUGUGAAGGAUGCCAAGUUUUUAUCUUUGCUACGCGAUGACAACAUCAUUUCAUCGACUCUAUCAUUCUUGCAACCAGAGUCCAACUUAUACUUGAUAGACAGAGUGCUAAAUUUCCUAGCACAAUUGAUUGACAUUGGGUUUGAAUUCUCGGCUAGCGAGCUUGAGCAGUUGAAGGCUGGUGUGCAUAAUAUCAAACCGGUAGAAGACCGUUUGAAUGAGGAUGACUACAAAACUGUACAGUAUGUAUUCAAAUAA